AUGUCGCAAAGUCUUCCAGACGACACCCUGCGCAAGAUACAGCAACAAGCCGUCAAUGCCAACCGGAACCUCUCGCUCACAAAGGCUCAGCUCUCCGCUAAGGAACGAGAGCGGCGAAUGGUUCAGUUGACAAUCAAGGAGAUUUCCGAACUGAAUUCGGCGGAUGGGAAGGAAGUGAAGAUGUUCAUCCAAGUGCCAAAGGCAGAUAUGGAAGGAAGACUGAACAAUCAAGAAAAGGAGCUGUCAGAUGAAGUCGAUGGUCUGACUAAAAAGAGCAAAUAUCUCGAGAAGGAGUUCAAUGAAGCUCAGGGACAGCUACGGGAUAUUUUUCAAAGCAGUACCCGACGAUAG